AUCAUCGAACAUUGAUGAUCAUCGAGCAUAUUACACUAUGUCUAUCGUCAAUGUUAUAGAAACAAUAGAAUUUUAUUAUACAAAUUAGUUAUUUUAUUAUAUAAAAAUUUAUAGCGUAAGGCAAAAACUAACGAAAUGAAACUAUGAAAGCUUUGGUACUCAAAGUCAUACAUAUAUUCGCUAAAAUAAUAUAAUAUUAGUUUAUGUCAUGAUGGACCAGGACCAGGAAAAGGUUUUGAAGUAUCUUGUGUUAGUAGAAAAAUUAGCAGAAGAAAUAUUGUGUGAUAGGCGUGAAAUUGUUUUGUUAGACAAAAGAAGAAACCAAAAUCGUGAAGCUUUGAGGAAUCUCACGAAAUCAAACCAGCAAAAAUGUUGGCUGACAGUAGGCUCAGUGUUAAUUAAACACAAUACUGAAGUAGCAAGAUCUCUUCUAGAAAAAGAUCAGAAGCAAUUAGAUAUAGAUAUUAAUAAGCUGCGAUGUGAUCUAAAAGUAAAAGUAAAUAAUUUAAGAGAUUUGGAAAUGCAACCACCUGUGCCUGGAUUGAUGUUAGUACCUAUGUCAUUAAAAGAGACAGAAGGGCUAUCAAAAGCUGGAAUUAUUCCAUAAAUAUAAUAACAGGUGUUGUUAACACUACUUAGAAUUUUACAGGAUUUAUACUUAUUUUUAACAAUUACAGUGGAAUAAACAGAUGAGAAUCAAGUGUUUUGAUUGUGUUAUUGUGUGUAUGUAUAAAAACCAGAUAAUGUGACCUGAUAAUAUUGUUUUGUUAUAGUGGUGACUUAUUUUGAGUAUUAUAAAUAAAAAAUGCUUCAAUGUUUUGAACAAAUAAA